AUGGAGGCUGAGGAGGUGCAAAUCUUCCAUGAUUCGAAUAUUCAAUUUCAGCCUGAGCCUGUUGUCUCAGUUCUGAAUGGGGAUCCUGAUGUUUCCUCAUCUGUUUCAAAUGCUGUUAACACUCAGCAGGCAGCUACAAAAAAACCAACCAGGCAGUGGGCUGCGUGGACUCGACAAGAGGAGGAAAGUUUCUUCACUGCAUUACGACAAGUUGGGAAGAAUUUUGAGAAAAUUACUUCACGUGUACAAAGUAAAAACAAGGAUCAGGUCAGGCAUUAUUACUACCGGCUUGUGAGGCGGAUGAACAAACUUCUUGGUCCAGGACUAUGUUUGGAUGCCAAAAACUCCAAAGAUACUAAUGCUGCAAUGCUUCGCUGGUGGUCUUUAUUAGAAAAGUAUAGCUGCAAGGCCUCCAAGCUUCACCUGAAGCCCCGAAGAUUUAAAAUAUUUUUAGAAGCAUUGGAGCACCAACUAUUGAAGGACCGAAAGAAGAAUGUAAGGAAGCGACCCUUGCAGGGGGGAAAUUGUCUUCCUCCUGUGCCUACCACAGUCUCAAAUCAAAGUAGAGCAUCAGGAAAUGAUGCCCGUGCUGUUAAACUUGUUCUUGUUGACAGUCAAAAUAUUCUAAAAUUGGGACCUUCAAAAUCAUCAAUGAAGCGCAAUAUAAACAUGGGUGUUAGCCGCAGUAACACUAAAGGAGAUUCAAACACCAUGAAACCAACAAGGCAACGAAAGAAAUCUGGUAUGAUUUCAACGGCAGCAUAUAAAAAAUGGGAGAAAGCUGCAAUUGCUGGUGUUUCUUUAGUUGCCGAUGCUGCAGAGCAUUUGGAGCGAGCUGCAACUGUUAGAGAGAUUGAACAAGACCAGGGGAAUCCAGGAGAAAAGUGCUCUGAUCCUGCUGAUUAUGUUCUGCCCUCUUUACCUGUAUGUCCACAAAAUCAAUUUGUUGAUAACAGUGUGAAUAGUAGUAUGAAACUUAAGCUCCAGUUAUUCCCAAUUGAUGAACCUACUCGAAGAGCAUUGGAAAUAGAUAAGCAUAAUCCACACCUGGAGCUUACACUUAGUACUCGAAAGAAGAUAUCAUCAAUUUUGGAACACCUAAACCGCAAAUGGGGUCAUUCAAGCAUAGCAGUUGGAGAAUUAAUGCUUUUUCCUUAUGGUAUUCAAAGGGAAAACUUGGUUAAUUAUCAGAGAUGGACCCAGGAAUCUACUUUUAAUGCAGCUGACAUAUAUGCAAUGAUUGGAAGUCCACCCAUAUUUCGUUUAAGGUAUGGUUGGUUCUCCAAUACUGAACUUGGGUUAUUAAAUAUGCAAGUGCCUGUAGCAUCCGGCUCCAUGCUCAGGCAGUCGAAAAGUAGUGUGUGCAAUUCUAAGGAUCAGAUUGUGAAUUCGGUUUCAUUUCCUACACCAUCAACUGAUUGCAGAAUAUCCAACCAUACUGUUAUGUCCUCUUCAACUGAUUUGCCUAACACUAGAGACAACACUGCUUACCUGAGUAAAAGCAGUGAGGAAUCUCGUUGUCCCACGGCCAACACAUUGUGGCAUGAAAAAGAUGUUAGAAAUGGAGCUGUAACUACACAGUUAGAAGACAUGGAUGAGUUAAAAUUAAGCAGUGGAACAGGUCUGUCAGCUGGAGAAUGGGCUGACAGCCUUACCAACAUUAGUGUGGGGGACCUACUUUCAGGAGUGUCCCAGGAUCUCGAAGAUGAUUGCAUCAAUCCUCCUAUUGCUGAGAGUUGUCACGAUGUUCAGCAACUUCCAUUUAGUAGUGAUUCUUUUGAUGCUGCUAUUGCUGCUCACAUUUCUAGACACCAAGACAAGAUGGAACAAUCAUCGCUGGCAUCCCAUAUGUCUUCCAUCUGGGACGCUGAAGAAACUUGUGAUGCCUUUUUAUUUAGAAAAGAUCCUAUUCUUCAUGUAGAUCGUCCUUGUUUGUCUCCAAUUGCUUCUUUAGAAUCUGAAAAAAAGGUUCCUGAAAGAAGCUUUGAUAAAUUGGAUGAGUUGUCGCCCGAAAGAGAGAGGCUUGUGGAUGAUUUUGCUCAAACUGACCCUAUGCCUAUGGACAGCUCCGAGUCUGAUGCAGAUGUCCAGGAUCAUUUAGGAAAGGAUUUUAGUGCGCUUGCAGAUAUGUAUUGGCCUGAUUCGUUGGGACCUUUGGAUUUGGAUAUACCAUCAUCGACUAAGUACCAUAGCGAAGAUCUAAUUUUUAGUGAUAGUCUUAGUGGACUGAAUCGCUUGAUAGCCAGCAGCCUGGAUGCAUUUCAGAAUUGCUCCUUUUUUGGGCUUGACAAGAAGGAAGCACCAUCAACAGUUGAGGCUCGAGAAUCUGCCACUCUUUCAGAUUUUAAAAUUGGAAGUGGUAUCUGA